AUGGAACACUCGUCGCCUCUCGCUGCUAUGCAGCCUCCGUCAGUGAUGUUCGGUCAUUGUUUCCGUUCAGAUGCGCCGUCAUACUCUUUGCAUCCCAUGUCUGGCUUUGGUGGAAACCCUUUCAACUUCAAGGACUUGUCAAUGAAGAAGUCUAGUUCGGACUACUUCAACAUGAAGCCGGUCCGUGGAUCUUCACCUACUGCUAGUUUGGCUGCAGAUCUCUCUCAGAACUUCCACAUUGAUCAAAGUCCCCAGUUGGCCACACCCCGGCGGUCUUUGUUCACGGCCAACAUGCUUGGCCAGGCCAACUCUAAUGAUGAAAUGAUGACCACCCCUCCUCUCCCCUCGUCUUCACCAGCACCCGGUAUGGAUUUCAUGGAAAUGUCACCACUCCCGCAUAAGAAGCCUACCUUUGUCGUCACGACCGAGAUUGAACUUCAAUCGCCUACGUCAGAAGGCAGUCCGAUGGUCUCUCCUCUCGCUUCUCCAGUGCCCAGCCCUCUCCAAGCCUCCCCGAUGGAGUCACCACUGUGUCAGCCUGAACGCAAACGUCCUACCUUCCUGCGUCCAAGCUUGGCCAGAAGCAAGGCCCAAUCGUUCCAACUUGGUAUGACUCGUCCGGCGCCAGAAAGUAAGGCACCACCUUUCCGCUUCGGUACCGGCACCAAGACUUCCCUCAGUACUUCUACUUCUCUUGAGGAUAUGUUCGGUGACUCUCCUCCACGCGAGCGCUCUGUAUCCCGCAACAGCUCUUCAGAUCGCUUGGCUCCCCCGCGUUUGCGACCCCCAUUCCAUGCCCGUACCAGCGGUUCACCCGCACCCAGCUCGAUCCGCAAACCCUCUCACCCCUUGAUGCGUCCCCGCAAGCAAUGCCGGAGAUCAUUGAGUAUGUUUGAGCACCCUGCAGAUGUUAUUGCCGAUAAAGAGGCCAAGGUAGCGACAAAUACACCCGUCCAGUCCGUUAGUGACAUUCAGAGCCCGCCCAGCAUGAAGCUGCCUCACUUCAUCCCUGAGGAUCGCGCGGACUCACUGCCUCGCAUCGACAAAAGCACCCUGUUGGAGCUCAUGGAUGGCAAGUUUAACGACCAGUUUGAUAACAUCCUGAUCAUUGACUGCCGCUUCGAGUAUGAGUACGAGGGUGGUCACAUCAAUGGUGCAGUCAACUUCAACGACAAGGAUCGUCUCGCCAGCGAGCUAUUUAACGCCCCACAAUCUCGUACUGCUUUGGUACUGCACUGUGAAUACUCGGCUCACCGUGCCCCCAUCAUGGCCAAGUAUCUUCGUCACCAGGACCGUGCUAUUAAUGUUGAUACCUAUCCCAACCUUACAUAUCCCGACAUGUACAUCCUUGAUGGUGGAUAUAGCUCAUUCUUCGCCGAGCACCGCUCUUUCUGCUUCCCCCAGAAUUACGUUGAGAUGGCCGACAAGGAGCAUGAGUUCGCCUGUGAGCGUGGCCUCGGAAAGGUCAAGCAGCGCUCCAAGCUCAACCGUGCCCAAACAUUCGCCUUCGGUGAACAUUCACCCCAAAUGGAAGAUAGUCCGACUGGCCGCUGCCGCCUCGGCGAUAGCCCCAAAAGUCGUUUCCUAGACUCGCCAUUCUCUGCGAGCUCAUUCUCUGCGAGCCCAGUUCCCCAACGAACUCCAGGACGCAGAAUGCUUUCUUACUAA